UCCCUGACUCUAUAUAAAGCCCAGAGGACUCCUUUCUCUUACUCCCAUUCUGGAAGCCUCCUUGGCUGUGGUGGAGUUUGCCUACAUCCACUGCUGGAAGUGACUUGUGGACACACAGGAGAGAAGGGAAAGAGAACCUCGUGGACAAGACCAAUAGCAAUGGACCCCCGCACUAUCUCAAUGGAAGAGGGGAAGCAGAUCUUAAAACGAUGUGGGAUUCCACAAUAUGAUAUUGAUAUGUUGACAGAGAAAUGGGAAGUUGAUGCUUCUGUGGAAGUUAUGCUGAGGUUUCCACUGAUGCCAGGGGAGGACCCUACAGCCCGCUGUGUGUCAAAUAAAAGCCAUCACCCUUUAGUGGUGCAGCAACACACAACCUCUGAGAGACUUGGAGAGCAAACCAAGAGGAGUAAAAAAUCCAACAAUCAGCCAAUCAGCAGGGCUGAACAGAAGCCCCAACCUAUGGAGCAGAGGCCAGGUCUUUAUGGUCCUCAGAAGAUUCAAGCACCUGAAAACAAGGACCUGAAGAAGCAGCUGAUGAGAUCUGUGAAGCCUAAGGUUCUUCCAACAGAGGGGGAGGGAACCAUGAUGCAACACAAGAGCUGUGGAGCUUUUGGGCAUAAGGAAAGAAACCAGAUAUGCCCUAUGAAGAGCUCCGGUGGGACCUUUCCUUUCUUGCCCUUGAGCUCCAACAAGGAGGAUAAGGAGAAUCUGAACCCAAAGAAUCCUCAGCAACUUCAGACUCAGGGACCCAUCAGUAACCCAGACAGAAGGAAGAAACACACUAAGAAACCUACUAGGUCACUGUCUUCCCAUGUCCCCAAGACCAGGUCAACUCUGAGUUGUGUUUCCACAUGGGAGGACAGACUUCACCAAGGCAAUUGAUGUGAGCUCAUUCAUCCCUGCACAUUCUUACAACAAAAGAUCUGAGAGGAGCAUCUGUGCACCAGAAAAAGAUUAGAAGUGAAUCACUCUAACUUUUCAAAUUUUCUUUCCAAGAACUUCUACCAAGACCCAAUUCUAUGCUCCAAGACAAACGGCUGUACAUUUGUUAGGUCCUCUGAUGAUGUUCCUCAGAGUUUUAAGAAGAAACUCACACCCUAGGUCAUGCCCUUCAUGUCCACACACAUAUCACAUAUCCACAUGUAAAAUCAAAGCACAUGUUAGCAUCUGUUAGGAAAAAGUGCAAUCAAGAUUUCCAGUGUCAGAACCCAGGGAUAAGGCUGUGUCUGGCUCCAGUGUGACACAUUCCAAGAAAGGAAGCCUCACCUAUCCAGCCUCCUAGCUGAAGGCACAUUUACCUCAGGAAGGACCUGUGAAGCUUCCUCCAUUGCCCAAAGGACCUAAAACUUAAAGUGCAGUGUCCAGUCCCAGGUCAGCCAUACUCGUGUUGCCUGGGCUCCUCUAGCCCCUGUAAUCAGGACUGUGUUCCAGUGCUACCUUACAGUCAAGGUCCAGCGAAACACAAGGAAACAGGCUCCAUGAAAUGUGACAAGGGCUGGAAAAAUUCCAACAAAUAAUGUUUUCCUCCUUUCCAUCUUACUGUGAAUCAUCCCCCUGAUGACCAGACUCCUCACAUAUUAAAUCUUGGCCAAGUUCCAGCUGUCCUGUAUGAAGACAAUCUUGUUUCUUCUUCAUCUGGGAACAGUGACUGGAGGGGUGAGAUCUCUCGGCAUCCAGCCUGCUGUCACUUGAUGUGAUCAAAAGACCAAGGAGUGUAAAGUGGCCAUCAACAACUAGGUCCUAUGCAUCAGUAAUUCCUGGGCUAUGGUGACUGUGAACUGGGGAACUCCUGAUAAAUUAGAGAUAAAGUAUUAAAAUUUUGUGAAUUAAGUUGCAUUUCAAAUAGGGCUUAAGAUUGUCUUGUAAAAUUCCUUGAAAUUUCCACAUAAUUGUAUGCUGCACUUGGUUAACAGAAGCCAUGAAAUAACCAUAAAAUAUAAAGAGAAAACUAUGAAAAUAAUCUUAUUCUUGAAAAACAUAUAACAUCUGGACAAUAAUGGGAAAUGGUCCAGCUGAACCAUAAGUGAGCAAAAAUCAGUGCAAGCCUAGUACAGAGGAGUGAUGUGACAGAAGGAGCCUGAGCAAAGUAGUGUUUAGUAAAAGCCUGCAUCAACAUAAGAAUGAAAGAGAUUUGAAGAUAUAUUUCAGUGUAAAGGGCUGUGACUUUGUUCCUGUCAAUGGCAAUCAACCAAUCAAGCAACAAUCAAAGAUACAUGUAUUAUCAGCAGAGCUGAGAACUCUGCAUGUUUUUAAGAGCUUUUUGUGGGGAAUCUAAAAGUUUUACUCUGUGAGAAUGUUUUAAAUAUUCUGCCCUAAAAAAUUUGCAGAAAUGAGGAAAAUUGUUCAGGUAUUUUUUUUGGUGAAUUUAAUCAAGAACUUAUGCAUUUCAGUUCUAUACCCGAAUUUAGAGAAAGGCAAUGACUCAAUUUAUUUAAAGAAUGUCAUUUAAUACUUAAUUUCACUGGGAUAAGUGUAUAUCAGCUUAUCUUGGCAUAGUGACAGCAAUGUUCUUGAGGUUGCAGUUAUUGCUAGCGUGAAAUGGAUUAUGUAAUGUUCUUCAAUAUUUAUGCUGCACAGCUCACAAUAUGUAAGUCCUUGUCAUUGUAAUACCACAAGGAAGUAGUAGCUAUCUAAUUUUUAAAUUGAAUUCAAACAAUAAAGGGAUACACAUUUAGCAUUUUAUCAUUUUAAUUUAAAUGUUAUUAAUAUUUAAUUUGAAUGUUAUUAUAAAAUUAUAUUGGAUUAAUUUAUUUCAAUAUGAAUAAAAUU